UUUCUCUACAGUUAAAAGCUCCCAUUACCAUUGGUGACUAUCGUUUUGCUGGUUUCCGGACAGUCAAGAAAAAUGUGCCCCAAAGUUUAUGCAGACGCGGAAAUGCCGAUGGCCAGAACUGGAGAUCAUUCCACUAAAACUAAUGGUGAUUGUGGGAAACGUAUCCAAAAGUUUGCUCAGAAAGUAGAAAGAUGUCCUGGUUUGGUGUGGCAAAAGAUGUGGAAGUUGGGACGCGAUGAUCCAAGGAGGGUGAUCCACUCUUUGAAAGUUGGUAUAUCUUUGACGCUGGUUUCAUUGUUAUAUCUCAUGGAACCACUCUUCUUAGGGAUUGGACACAAUGCCAUUUGGGCUGUCAUGACUGUGGUUCUUGUGCUCGAGUUUACAGUAGGGGCAACUUUAUGCAAAGGACUGAAUCGAGGAUUUGGUACGCUAUUAGCGGGAUCAUUGGCCUUCUUAAUGGAGUACAUUGCAGAUGAAUCUGGCCUGAUAUUUCGAGCUAUUUUCAUUGGAGCUGCAGUUUUUCUAAUCGGAGCUGCGGCCACAUACACGAGGUUCUUUCCCUUCAUAAAGAAGAACUAUGACUAUGGUGUUGUGAUAUUUCUCUUGACUUUUAAUCUGAUAACUGUAUCGAGCUACCGUGUUGAGAACGUCUUGAAGAUUGCAAUUGAGCGCCUCUAUACCAUUGCCAUUGGCUGUGGCAUCUGCCUGAUCAUGACUCUGUUGAUCUUUCCAAAUUGGUCUGGGCAAGACCUCCAUAAUUCCACCGUGUCCAAGCUUGAAAGGCUAGCAAAAUCUAUAGAAGCUUGUGUCAAAGAAUACUUUAAUGAAAAUAAUAUAGAAAUAAACGAGGAUGAAUCUUCAGAGGAUCCCAUUUACGAAGGUUAUAAAGCCGUUUUGGACUCAAAAUCCACUGAUGAAACGCUGGCAUUACAUGCAAGUUGGGAGCCAAGGCACUCAAGAUACUGUCAUAAAUUUCCAUCACAGCAGUAUCUGAAAUUGGGAGCUGUUCUCCGCCAUUUUUGCUACACAGUUGUAGCUCUUCAUGGAUGUUUGCAGACCGAAAUUCAGGCGCCUCAAUCUGUCCGAGCCCUAUUCAAAGACCCUUGCAUUCGACUUGCAGGGGAAGUAGCAAAAGUACUAAUGGAACUUGCCAAUAGCAUAAGAAAACGCUGCCAUUGCUCUCCGGAGAUACUUUCCGAUCAUCUUCAGGAAGCCUUAAAAGACCUCAAUACUGCUAUAACUUCCCAACCAAGGCUCUUCUUUGGCUCCAAAAUUAAUCAAGACUCCAACAUGCUUGCCGUAGCUGCAACUGCACAUGCAAGCCAAGAACACCAAAAAGACUCCAGAGUUUCAACAUCGAGUGUAAGAACUGACCCUUCUACAUUGCUUGAAAGGAGAAACAGAAGGGUUUCUGAGCAGUCAAAGGAGGCAGAGUUGAAGCUCUUAAGGCGACUGUCGAGUAAGAUUGCCAUAACUAGCCUUGAGUUCUCGGAAGCACUUCCGUUUGCUGCUUUUGCUUCUUUGCUUGUAGAGAUGGUGGCAAAACUCGAUCACAUUAUCGAGGAAGUCGAAGAAUUGGGGAGGAAAGCAUGCUUCAAAGAGUACAAACAUUGUGAUCAGAUUGUUGUGACUUCUGAGAGACCACAAAUCAUUGUUGAUCAGAACAAUUUUCCAUCUCAUGGGGCAGAAUAGUAGAAAAGAUAUUUAAUUAAGUUGUCAUUCUGAUAUAGAUAUUGAUUCAUUUGAGUAUAUUUUGAGUCAAAAUGGCACGAACCAAAAACUAAUGAUUUUUCAGGUCUCGAUCAGAUAUUUUUCUUGCUUUCGUGAAGUUGUGUGGUAACAUCAACAUUGAAUAAAGCUUAUAUCAACAUUGU